CGUGUCAUAAAGAUGAACCUCUCAGCCUCCGUCUGCUUCCUGUGCUUCAGGUUACAGCAGAUAAAUCUGUCUCAGAACCAGCUCACCAGUUUACCGCCCGGACUUCUCCAUCUGACCCACAUCCAGAGAAUCUGUGCUGCUAAGAACCAGCUCGCCGUCCUGUUCGACAUCCCCGACACUACUAACUGGAUCGGCCUCCGUAAGCUGGAGGAGCUGGAUGUGUCUGAUAACAGUCUGACCGGUCUGCCCACAUCGGUCAUGCACUGUUUGAAAUCCCUGAGCGUCCUCAACGUGUGCAGGAACUCACUGAGCUCCUUCCCCGACCCCUGGGCCUGUCCGCUGAAACAAUGCAAAGCUUCCUCCAACGUGAUCGAGAGUCUUCCGAACACCAUCUCCAUCUUCUGGAGGACUCAGCUGCAGGAGGUGGACUUUUCUGACAACAGCCUGAAGGAGCUGCCCUCAUACAUCUUUGAGCUGGAGCCUGCAGAUGGCGCUGCUGCUGUGUGGUUGAGUUUGGGUCACAAAAGCACCAGAAGGGAGUUUACAG